UAACGUGGGCGUAGGCCUACUAAAUAGGUGAUAACGUAGGUUGAUUAAGGUCAUAGCAUGGGCUAUUUGGUUUAAGGUAGGCGAAUCGGUCAUUUCCAGGUUAAAGCUACAACUGAACCUAUGAGAAUUGUGCUUUCGGUUACAGAUGGAAGUGAAAGUAAACGCUAACUGUAUUAUUUUGCGCCUUCCUUACUUCCUGUAAUAGGAUAAUCGUUUCAUGUUUUUAUGGCAUACAUAACAGGGUAAACCUGUUAAUAAUGUAGGAAUAGUCUUCGAAAAGAUUUGAAAUGACAUUGGGAAGUUUGAUUGUGCUCUGGAUCGUGGCAUCAUCUGAAGCCUUUCUGCUACAGGGUCCCUCUGGUCCUCUGGUUGCCCAGCUGGGAGGUUCUGUUCUGCUGCCCUGUUCUGUGGAAAGCCCCUUACCUCUGGAGGAGCUGGAGGUGGAGUGGAGAAGAACAGACUCAGAUGUACUGGUGCACCUCUUCCAGGAGGGAGAAGAGAGACCAGAAUCACAGGACUAUACCUACAGGGGAAGAGCCCAUUUUGUCACAGAGUUAGCUGCUGGAAAUUACUCUCUGCUCCUCACUAAUACAACCCUUGGAGAUGCAGGAGUUUACAUCUGUAAAGUGUAUACAAAUCUGAAAUCAGAUGAAGUCACAGCUGAAAUUAGAUACAUCGAGCGUCUCGUAGUGACUGGGGCAGGUGCUGUCUCUGCAUAUGUGGGUGAUGAGGUGAUUCUAAACUGCUCUGUGGACUCCCACACCCCCCCUGAGAGACUGCAGAAGGUCACCUGGAAGAGAACAGACCAGGAGAUCUUAGUGCUGCUUUACCAAGAUGGUGAGGCCCUACCAAACUCCACACAUGAGAGAUAUCGAGGCAGAGCUGAGUUCUUCCCCACAGAAAUCCCCAAAGGCAACUUCUCACUGAGACUGAAGGAUGUCAGGACUGAAGACAAAGGGGAGUACAUCUGUGAAGCCCACAGUGGUCAUCUAUCAGCCAACACCAAUGUUGUACUACAGGGACUGGGUGCUUUGCCACUGCUCAUCAUGGCAUGUAUGUUGUGUGUCAUUGCUCUUGUAUUGGCACUUGGACUUGGGGUUCCAGCAUUCAUCCAGUUAAUGAAAAAUGAUAAUGGAAGGACAAUGCUGAUGCAUUGCUUACUGGUCUUCUGUCCAAACAUCAUUAUGUUCAUUGCUUUCAUGCUAUAUGGUGUGAAACAAGGUUUUAUUGGUGAAAUUCUUACAUGUGCAACUGUCAAUCUUGUUCGAUUUCUUCUGGUGUUAAAGACUGCUCCCUAUUUGGACUUACUACCUGCAUGUCCAAAAAGAUAUAUCAAAUCUGUUAGUGUCCUGCUUCAAUACUUAAUUGUUGCUGGAGUAAUAUUUUCAGGUGUUUUUGCUGACAUUUCAUUCGUUGGUGUUAACACAUACUUUCUGGGGAUCGCUAUUGGGAUGAACUUAUUCUACAGUGUUAUCAGGGCUUUGUUUGCUGGUAUUUAUUAUUUGGGAUAUUGGAGCUUUACAUUAGUGGACAUAAUCAACUGGAUUCUGCUAUGGCUGACAGUUGUUGGAUAUUCUACUUUCAAUUUAAGCAUGUUUAUCACCACAUUAGCUGUUACUCUUGGAGUGGAUGUGCUGUUUUAUUUACAACAACUCAACCAAUAUGAGAAGUGGUAUGCAAUUUCGACAAUCCUGUUAGUUGUCUUUUUUCCAACAUACAUUAUUACAUUUUUCUAUUACCUUUAUUGGAUUUUGGCCAGUAAUCCAGGUGGUCCUGGAUUGAUGUGUGGGAAUGCAUUGCUCUACAGUCUUACUGCUGUUUCAGGCUUUGACCAUCCCCAGACAACAACAGAUAUCCCCAUGCCUCACGUUUUUGUGUACAUAUUUGGAGCCGCUGCCCUUCCAGUAUUAAAUGCUGCUGCACUGACAACAGAGUUAAUCAUGAAAUUGGGGACAGGCACACGAAUGUUCAGUGAUCUGCAGGUUAUUAUUCUGCCAUGUGAAUGUGUUUUUGUUUCUGGAUGGCUUGCCCUGCAGCCAUAUCACUACUGGAUAAAGGAAAGAGAAAAAAUAAAAGAACAGCUCAGGGUGAUGUCCAAGAAAAUCAGAUGUAAAGACUCUACGACACAGGACCCCUGAGGGAUCACAUGUUUGGAGUCAAUUACCUGUCUAAAAGUAAAAGGAAAAUAGAUUCCAUGACAUGUUAAUAUAACAU